CGGCCGCCACUGACGGGUAGUCCGGCGCCCCGAGCAGGCCGAGGAUGCAGCGCUGGAAGGCGGCGGCCCUGGCCUCGGUGCUGUGCAGCUCGGUGCUGUCCCUCUGGAUGUGCCGCGAGGGCCUGCUCCUCAGCCACCGUCUCAGACCCGCGCUGGUCCCGCUGCGCCGCCUGCCUCGCAGCCUGGACGCCCGGAUCGCCCGCCUGGCCCAGUACCGCGCGCUGCUGCAGGGAGCCCCGGACGCGGUGGAGCUGCGCGAGCUGACACCCUGGGCCGGGCGGCCCCCAGGUCCGCGCCGUCGGGCGGGGCCGCGGCGGCGGCGUGCGCGUGCACGGUCGGGCACGCGGCCGUGUGGGCUCCGCGAGCUCGAGGUGCGCGUGAGCGAGCUGGGCCUGGGCUACGCGUCGGACGAGACGGUGCUGUUCCGCUACUGCGCAGGCGCGUGCGAGGCGGCCGCGCGCGUCCACGACCUGGGGCUGCGGCGCCUGCGCCAGCGGAGGCGCCUGAGGCGAGAGCGGGUGCGCGCGCAGCCCUGCUGCCGCCCGACGGCCUACGAGGACGAGGUGUCCUUCCUGGACGCGCACAGCCGCUACCACACGGUGCACGAGCUGUCGGCGCGCGAGUGCGCCUGCGUGUGACACUACCUCACGGGGCCUGGCGACACGGAGGCCACGCCACGCUCCCCGACGGCGCCUGCCGUCCACGGACUGCGCAUGCGCACAGCAUGCCAUCGAGGCCCCGGGACUCUCGCGAUAACUGUGU